GCGAGGGGCCUUCCGAGCCUUUUGAGAAAACCUUCUCCUCCUCGCACCCCCCCUCGCCCGCCGUCGCGAUGACGGGGCGGACUGCGCGGACCGCCCCAGCCCGCUGGACAACCUGCGAGUGCGCGCGCUGAGCCACUGCCUAGGCGAGCGGGCCGCCUCAGCGAGCAGCAGCAGGAGGCAGGCUACGCGGGCAGCCUCGGCAUGGCGUCGGCUGCCGUGCCAGCGGUGCCCCCUGCGGGACGGUGCGCGCCAUAUGGCUUUCAUUCCGCGGGGCCCGCCGCCGCUGUUUCGCACCCGUCGGGCGGCCGCGCCCGCAGUAAAAAGGCUGCGCUUGGGUCCUUUGCUGCCGCGACUGGCCCGGCGCGGAAGCGGGUGAGUGCCGCGUGCGAGCAUCUUGCGGCGCUGCGGCACAUGGCCGGGGCGAAGGUUCACGAGCAGGUGGACCAGACGGUCUGGUCGAUCAUGCAGCAAUCCAUCGCCAGGGCCAUCGAGUAUGACAUGCGGCUAUGCCCGUGGCAAUUGCUGGAGGAGCACGCGGCCCGUCUCGAGACUGAGUGCUGGCAUCCCCUCGAACUUCUGAUGGGGGCGAGCAUGGACAGUCACGCCCAGGAGCAGGCCUCUCUGCCAGGGUGGUUCGGGGGUUUGUCCUUGGCCCUACCUUCGAAGCUUCGCGCGGCGGCGGCUUUUCCACACUGCUGUGGCGGGCCCACCGAGGAGCUGUCCGCACUGCCGUGGCGCUGGGGCGGCCGAAGGCCAGCAGUGCCGCAGAUGCCGCAGCCGCUACCGAGGCGGCUGAGAGCCUGCGGCUGGCUAAGCUCUCCGUCAGGCAGGGAGCGGCCCCGGCUUUCACGGCUGCGGCCCGCGAUCGCUGCGUGGCGUGGCCUUGGGUGCAGGACGUCCCAGCCGCGGCAGUCUUCGCCUUCCCGCGCCGGGCAGCGCCGUGCGCUGAGGCCGAGCAGGUUGGCGGGAGCACGGUGCCCAGUGGCGAUGGCCCGCCGUCUGCUGGGGCGCAGGCCCGCCCGCGCGAGCAAUGACGGGCGAGUCGCCCGAAGCAUCGACGCUCCGAGGGCCACGGAGCUGCAUGCGUUCAUGCUGGAGCAUUGCCAGAUUUGCAUCCUGUCCUCUGGUGGCGAGGGCACAAGCAUAUUCUGGAGCACUGUGCCCGCGCGCCCGCCCCUGCGGACACCCAGCGCGCAGUGGGCGCUUGCGCCGCGCAGUCGGCUCGGCGGUGAAGAUGACCCGUGUGGUGACCCACUCGACUCGACUAGACGUCAGAGUGACCUUUCGCCGGAGUGACUUUUGGUGCGGGCACAGAUGGG